AUGGGUUCAUUAAUGAACGAGCCGGAUACCGAUUUCCAUCUUAAGCUUAACGAGCAACUUUUCCAUAUUCCUCAUGAAUUGGUUCGUAAAAAUGUUAAACAAGUUCAGAAGCUUAUAGACAGAGAAACAGCAGUUCUUCAAAAACUGUUUACUGAAAUGAAUAAACUGUUAGAAUCAAACACAUUGGAGCAGGAUAAACUGGCACUCGUUAAAUUAAAUGAUAUCAUAAAACAUGUCGAUCAUAUAGAAAAAAGGCUAAAUAAGAGAGGGGAAGAAGAAUUGAAACUAUUGAAUAGAAUUGAUUCAAGGAUAAAAUUCUUCAAAGAAUUGGAGGAAUCAAAAGCUUCAAGAGAUGUCUCAAGAUUGACGGAGUGGUAUCAAAAAUUCACAAAUUUGUUAGUUGGCGAUUAUCUGAUGAGAAACAGUACGGUUCGUUCAAAUUCGUCAGUACCAGAAAAUAUUUCAAAUGAAGAUGAAAAGUAUUGGAACCCAGGAGUGGUGUUUUUAAGACAACAGAAUCUCAAAACCCUAUUAGAUUAUGAUAUACUAUUAUCAGCUAAUAGGAUAUCAAAAGCGUUAACAGAAAGUCAUGAUUUAGGUCCACUAUUAUCUUGGAUUGGUGAGAAUAAAUCUUUUCUUAAAAGAAAUUAUUCCUUCUUAGAAUUUGAAGCAAGACUGCAAGAAUACGUGGAGCUCAUAAAAACUGCUAAUUUCAUUGAUGCUAUAGCAUGUUUUCGGAAUUAUCUUCUACAGUUCAUGGAGAGCAAUUUCGCUGACCUGAAGCUGGCUUCGGGUCUAUUAGUCUUCAUUAAAAGCUGCGAGUACAAUCAAAUAAUGAGCCAAAGCAAAAUAUCUUACGAUCAAGAGCGCAAUAACAACAUACCAAAUGGGAAAUCUGAGGCCUGUUUCACAACUAGAGACCAGAUAUACAAGCACUUUUUUCACAAAAAAGUUCUCCCAAAACCUAGCUUGCCAUACUCGAGCAAUGAUUUUAAUUUAAAUUACUGCAAUAAAAAUUUAGAUUUUGAAAGAUACACAGAUCUGUUGGAUGAGAAAAGGUGGAGCACGUUGAAUGACUUAUUUACUAAAGAGUAUUAUUCAAUGUAUGGAAUAUCGCAUCAAGAACCACUUUUGAUGUAUUUAUCGCUUGGAAUAUCGGCGUUGAAAACCAAAGAAUGCGUGAACCAUAGAGUGGUUAUAUCAUCUGAUAACGAGAAAUUAGAUUCGUUCAUAGACGAAAACGUAUUGACAAGUAACUGUCCGGUUUGCAGUGAAGAGUUCGCACCAAUUGCUAAAAAUUUACCUUAUGCACACCAUACUGAAUCAAAACUUUUCGAAAAUCCUGUAAUGCUACCUAAUGGGAAUAUAUAUGAUGCAAAGAAGUUGAAAUUAUUAGCGACAACGCUAAAUCGUAAGAAUUUAUGUUCAUUGGAUGACGGCAAAGUCAUGGAUCCCAUUGAUAAGAACAUUUACUCGGAAUCAGAAUUCAUUACUAUGUAUCCCACAUGA